UGAAUGGUCUAUCUAUAUUUCUUGAAGUUCUAGCUUUAAUUUGAGUCGUGUUUCAUUUAGUUAAAUCGGUGCUUGUGUUUAGUCUAGAAUUUUCCUUUGUGUCGUUCAAAGUGAGUUUCAAUUUAAGUGUUCUAUUAAGAUCCAUCCGGUAAAAAUCAAAAUAUGUAUAAGCAUCUUACGACGCGAUUGUUUAUAAUGACAGUUAGUGAUGAAUUGCUUGUGUCAAUUGUCAAGAAUCAUCCCGGAUAGCUACGAUUGUGGUCUUUUAAUAUUGGAUCGGUCCACACUCAUCAGCCGAACAAUAAUCACCAGCACCACACGCACCAUCAGCAACAGCAGCAGCAACAGCAGCAACAGCAACAGCAACAGCAGGUGUCGGCGGUAGGAGCGGGUGGAGGAGGUCCGGGGGGUGGUACGGUGGCCAGGCCCGGGGGCAUGUUCUGCUACCACUGCCCCCCGGGCCUUCCCACCCCGCGUUUACCGCCAUCCCUUGAAUACCCGUUCGCCGCCACUCACCCUUACACGAGUUACACCGCGUAUCAUCCGGCUCUGCACGGUGUGGGUGAGGAUUCGCUCGUCAGGCGAAAGCAGAGGCGAAACCGUACCACGUUCACCCUUCAGCAAUUGGAGGAGCUCGAGUCCGCGUUUGCGCAGACACACUACCCCGACGUCUUCACGAGGGAGGAUCUCGCGAUAAAGAUCAACCUCACCGAGGCCAGAGUUCAAUUUGAUUCCGUUGUUUGCAAAGGAACGACGAGCAGCAGCGCGCCUGAAGCGGAGGACGCGAACCCGGACGGAGGGACCGUGGGUUCUCGAAGCCCGAGCACGACUUCCGCCUCGGUGAGCCCGCGUCCUCACCAGCAGGGCAACAGUCACCCGUCCUCCCUGGGUGGCGUCGCGACGCCACCGCCGACCCCCAUAAGGGCGCCGCCGCCGCCUCCGCCGGCCAACAACGCCGUGGGUGGUCUCGGGCCACCCGCGGAGAGCGGAUCAGGGGCGGGUUUCAGGCCAGUGGAGCCCGCGACUUCGCUGUUCUUCUCGCCACAUCUGGCCGCCCAAUUCUCGCCUCCCCUGUUCGGUAACAAAGUGGCGAGCACGGCACCCACGUCGUUGACGUCGACGACCCCCUCCUUGUGGACAUCGACGGACCAUCGGCCCGGCUCCCUGCAGGACAUGCUGUCCUGGUCUCCGGCAGGGUGGCCAGGCUCCCUGUGCGGCUGCUGCAAACCCGGGACCGGUGAUCUUCACAGGAACAGCAGUCUAGCCGAGUUGAGAAGAAAAGCUCAGGAACACUCGACGGCAUCGGCGCUUUUAGGAGGCUUGGCAGGUUUCCCAGCGGGGCUGCCGUUACCGUUGCCAUUGCCGUUGCUACCACCGUUACUGAGACUGUCGACCAGGCCUGAGCACCAUCACCAUCAUUUACCCAGCAUAGUCCACCAGAUACAGCCGACCACCAAGGAGGAUCCCUAGGAUCUGUAGAACCUUCGAAGCCCCUGCAGACCCUCUAGGAUUCCCAGGACAGGUUUUCACUCCCGAUGUUCGUGGAUGAAAAUCUGAGAUAACUGUUCUUUUAUUCCUCUGGUUUAUGAAUAAGACAAUAUCGCAUAAGGUGAAGGUUUACCGAAGACAGGUUUUACCCUGUCGUUUCGGUAAAGUUCGAAAGUGGAUCAGUGCGUGUACAGAAACUAGCCUCCAGAUGAAUUCGUUCUUCUUUUAGUGUUUAAUCGUAUAUUUAUACGUUGCUGGUGAUCGAUCAUCCGUCACAAAUCCAAAUGUAUUCUUGCUACAACGAAAUGUUCAACGAAUAUGUGUAAUACAUUUCCUUGUCAAUUUACUUCUAAACGAUCGCAAUAGGAACGGUUUCUGUUGGGUAUGCGACACGCUAUGCCUACAUAGGAUAAUUUCUAUUAUCACCCUCGGCUAAUCGAGUCUACGACAAUUUUCUUGAAUCAUAUACCUACGAUCGAAACUCGUUAUCGCAUUAUUCAAAUAAUACGGACGUCCGUAUUAUCCCUAAUCGUGACACCGGAUAUCCGUCGCGGCGACGCGUGCUCGAAUGCAACAUUGGAACCAGCAGAAAACUGUUUGUCCGAUUGAUCGGUUACAAAAGAAUCGUUGAAAUCGUGAACGGAGGGGCUGCUGUUACGGCGAAUUUGAUUAAUGUUUCAACGGUUCGACGCAAACUUUUCUUCAUCCUCUUAGCGGUGCAAGACGGAGGAUAAAAUUGUUGAACUCUUCGCUCUAAUUAUACGGACAAUCCCUUGCAUUAUAUGUAUAAAAGUGGUAGUAAUGAACAAUGGCCUGGAGUGGAAUGGAACAGAUUUCCUGUUCGAUCUUAAUUAAUUUCGUUAACAUCCACAGGCUGAUCAAUAGGAAUGUAACCCGAUCAAGAAUACUUCGUUCUUCAUUGAUAUAAAUAUUAUUUUCCAAACGGCUAAGUGAUUGCAGUCUACGAGAACCGUGUAACAGCGAAGGAUAAUAUUUAUAAAUAAAGGGAAAAUAAAUGUUCUAUAAAAAUUGAGGAGAGUUUCGUGGUUCGGUUGAACCUCGGACUUCGUGUGGGAAAUGGACAUUGUAAAUUGACUCGUCUGUUGAAUUUUCGUCGCACUACGGUUGCGUGUAUUAAAAAGCAAGUACCAUGAAUGGUGAGUCUUGCGAGGAAGGGAAAAUUAGAUACCAUAGUAGGUAGAGGACCUGUAUAUUAAAAAUCCCGGUGAAAAACAAUAGGAAUUAUUGUCAGUGCGCCAAAUAAAAUGAUAAUCCCAAUUAAACCAACUAAGUACGUAUGUUAAAGAUUUAGCCACUAAUUACUGUAGACCCGAAAAACUUCUUGUGGGUAGUGGAAUUUUAAUUCGAGAAAUAAACUUGUUCUCCCGUGAA